CUACAGUUGCUGAAAGCUGAAGGAGAGUAAGAUUUGUACUGAGAUAACUAUUUUCUUCAUAAUGCCUCACAUUGAAAACGAUAUAAAACUUGAUUUCAAAGACGUUCUUCUCAGGCCGAAGCGAAGUACACUUAAAAGUCGCAACGAUGUGGAUCUUUCUCGCACUUUUAAAUUCCGGAAUUCUGGCAAGAUAUAUUCCGGAAUUCCCAUUAUAUCUUCAAACAUGGACACUACUGGGACAUUUGAAAUUGCAAAAGUACUAGCCAAACAUGGUCUUUUUACCUGCAUUCACAAACAUUAUUCAUUAGAUGAAUGGAGAAAAUUUGCUGCAGAAAAUCCAGCAGCUAUUAAAAAUGUUGCAGUAAGUAUCGGCGCCGCGCAAGGAGAUUUUGAAAAUCUGUGUGCUAUAAUCAAAGAGGUUCCAGACCUAGAAUACAUCUGUCUUGAUGUUGCUAAUGGAUAUUCAGAACACUUUGUUGCUCUUGUGAAACAAGUCAGAGCAGCAUAUCCAUCUCAUACAAUAAUGGCUGGUAAUGUUGUAACUGGCGAGAUGGUAGAAGAACUCAUUUUGUCUGGAGCAGAUGUAAUCAAGGUAGGAAUUGGACCUGGCUCUGUUUGCACUACGAGAAAAAAGACUGGUGUUGGAUAUCCUCAACUUAGUGCUGUCUUAGAGUGCGCUGAUGCUGCACAUGGAUUAGGAGGACACAUAAUAUCUGACGGUGGUUGUACAUGCCCUGGAGAUGUUGCUAAAGCGUUUGGUGCAGGAGCUGAUUUUGUAAUGAUUGGUGGAAUGUUUGCUGGGCAUGACCAAUCAGGUGGAGAUAUUUUUGAAAAGAAUGGGAAAAAAGUUAAAUUAUUCUAUGGUAUGAGUUCUGCAACUGCUAUGCAAAGAUAUCAUGGCGGGGUUGCUGAAUACAGGGCUUCCGAAGGAAAAACGGUGGAAGUGCCUUAUCGUGGAGAUAUUGAGAAAACUGUUUUGGAUGUACUCGGAGGUUUACGCUCUGCAUGUACCUACACUGGUGCCGGAAAAUUAAAGGAGCUUCCUCGACGCACUACCUUUAUAAGGGUAACUCAGCAGACAAAUGAAAUAUUUGUUGCUAGUGAAUAAACAUCACGUGGAGUGUGGACUAGUUGCAUGCCAGAUCAAGAAUUCCUUAGCAUGUUUGUUUGUUCAGCUUUUGUUUUGUUUUAUGCAAGUCAUGUUCAAAUACAUCAGUGUUUAAAUGUUUUAUAUUAGUUCUAUGGUUAACUUUGUUUUCCAUUGAAAUUGUUCUGAAUCAUCCUGCUUGAAAAUAGAUAUUAGAAUUAAUCUCUUAUUUUUAUUAUUGUGCAUGUGUAAAAUAUACAAGUGCAAUUAGUUCCCCUCUCUAAGAACAAAUGUGUGGUAUGAGUCUCCUUUAGUGACAUGCAUCAUCUGAAUUCCCCGUGAGUUGCACAUAUUACAUAAUCACUGUUAACAAUAUAUUUGCCUGGUAGUUACAGUGCUGCUCUGGUAAGUUGACUUCCAACAUUGACAAUGCUUACCUCUUUUUCAAGUUAUAGGAAAGGUUGGUUGUCGCGAAUUUAAGUUGAAAUAUGUUUGCAAAAUGGAUGAAAGUAACCCAACUUAAUUCAGCUCCAAUUAACCUUGCCUUGUUCCAGAAAAAAGAAGUAAACUUCGUCAACACCGCUGGUCAACUAACUAAAACCGCAGUAUAUUUUAACAGCAUUUCACUUAUCAUGAGCUUGUGUUAUAACAAUGUGUAAACUUUUUGCUUUCUACUCUAUUUUACUUUGCAAUUAACGUGAUGCUAACCUUAGUUGUUACAUAAAACUUUCAAAUUAAGCAAAGAACCUUGUAAUUAAAAUUUGCUAUUUAAACUCAAAAUUUGCUUUAUUAAAAAUAAUUUACAUUUUUUCUUUUUAAAAUUUUUACUAUGUAGGAAAUUCGUUUUUUAUCGCUUAAACAGCACACAUUGUGUGUAAAUGUCAUGCAAUUGUAAUUAUUAAAAUGUGUAAAUUAUUCAGAAAGUAUAUAUUAUUAGUAAAAAUUUAAUUUUUUAUUUAUGCAUUUUUAUGUAACAUGGAAUUUAUUCAUUUUAUUUAAAUGCAAAUACUUGUUUUGUUGCAUUUAAUUACAGUAAAAUCCCUCUAUUGUGGACACUAAUGGGACAAUUUUUUUUGUCUGCAAUAGAGAAGUAUUCGCCAGGACAGGGCCUCAAUAAUGUUAUUUGCAUUGGAACUGGGGAAUUAAAAAUUGUCCACAUAAGAGGGGUGUCUUUCUUUGAGGGAUGUCCGUUAAGAGGGGUUUAAUUGCAUAAGACACUUUCAUUUAAAUUUCAGAGUAUUAAGUUUUAGUUUUGUAUCAAUAUUCCAUUAUUGUGUACAUGUUUAUUUUAUGCUUCUCAACUUUUCUAAGUUUCAUAACAUGACACAUGAAUUGGCCUAUUAAAGUUUUCAGUGGAUUUUUGUACAAGUAAUAUCAAAUCAUAAGAGUAAUUGUUUCUUCUGAUGAGAAAAAUCCAUGUAUAAAAUCUUCACACUAUUGAGAUGCUGAGAUAAAACUGAAGUGUGUCCAAUCAUAAUAUUUGGAUGAUUUGCAUAUUGUAAAAUCAUGCAUGUGUGCCAUAACAGUAACUGAAUUGAACUAUUCUUUUCCCAUCCGAAAGAUUUUUAAAAAAUAAGAAAUAUUUGACAUGCACAACUACAUUUAUAGUUUACAAUCAUAUGAAUUUCUAUUUAUCGGUGAUUUAAUUUGUUUUGUUAUUCCAUAUUCAUGAUAUUUUAGUUAUACAAUUUAACAAACUUGUUAUUGUUUGAAAAUUAUAUUCUUAUUAACUACUGCUUUAUUUUAGCAUUGAAACUGCUACAUUUUGUUUAUAAAGUCACUGUUAAAUAUGUAUUGCAUAAGAAAUUGGUUUUGUUUGUUGUAUUUUUAAGUUUUUUUUUUUUUUUUUUUUUUUGUGACAGAAGUGAAUUCUAAUUGCACUUUAACAUGUGUAAUAGUUUUUUUUUUAAAUUUGUUAAAAUAUUCUUCUUAAUGGAAAGUUUGACACAAAACUUUUUAAAUUCCAAUUAAAAUGUAGCAAUUUUAUUUAAGGAAUCUCAUAUUAUACUUCUAUGUUUUCUUAUUGAACCAAUUCAACAUCUAUGCCUAUUUUAAAAUCAUGUUAUAUUGAUCUGAUUUUACAUAUUGUUCAUUUCUGUAGGAUAGUUUACCAUUUGUGUUCAUUUAUGAUUUUUAUGUAAUAUUACUCUCUUUAAAAGGUGAAAAUUGUGUAUACCUCUUACUCCUUUUGUUUAAUAAUUUGCUAAAGCUAUUUAGAAUUGAAAUCAAAUAAAAAUGUAUUUAACUUUUCCACAA